AUGAAUAAGCUCUGCAAAAAGUUAUCAUUAUCUAAUGAAAAAUUAACAAAGAAGAUUAACAACCUGGAAAGCAGAAGCAGAAGGAACAAUCUACAUACUCUGGGUUUUGAAGAAUCAAUUAACGAUGCCCACCCCAUGGAGUUCUUUGCAAGUUUUCUGAAGCAGUUAUUCCCUGAUUUAUUGCCAUCUGUGCCCAAGUUGGACCACGCUCACCGGUCACUGACCCCCAAACCAAAGUCGGGAGAGCGACCUAGGUCUGUUAUUUUAUGUUUUCAUGAAUUUCCUACUAAGGAGCUUUUAAUCUGUCAUACCCGUCGAGUAGGAAUGAUCAAUUACAAUGGGAAGAUGAUCAGAUUCGUGGAAGAUUAUACACUGGAGGUUAUGGCUGAACAUGCUAAGUACAAAGCGGUUUCAAAAAUGAAUCGAGUCAGCCUUUCUUCGAACGUCAGUGGAACGAAUCUGGAUUUAAGUAGUUUUUCUCAGGAGAAAAGACUCAGUAAAGUUCGCCGAAGUACUGUUGGAAUGCUAGCUUUACAAGAGACAAUAAAAGAAAAACAGGCAAGGUACAGGGAAGAUAGGGAAAAAAGAAAAAUGAAACUUGCUCAAACACAUCACUAUAUUAUUGAUGUAUUGGCUAAACAACUUCAGCUGCAGAAAACUGCUGUAGAAGAAUUUAUCUUGGAUUCACUAUCUUUGCAACCAUAUGAUGAUUUCUUUUCAAGAGGAGGCAGUAAAGCACUUGCAUUCUUUUAUCAAGAAGCAGAUCCUCCGAUAAUAGAAAGUGGACGAAUUAUUGCUGGAGUUGCAAAAGGGAUGAAAAUGAUGCGAUUAUUUAUGGGAAAGUUAUCGGAAGCUUGCCUCGGUGGUUUGUGCUUGUUCUUUGUGCGGUACCAAAAUUAUAUUCCUAUCACCGAAAGGAAUAUACAAGAGGAGACAUUCUUCAGCAUUUUGGAUGGUACGGAUGGAAUACUCACAGGUGCUGUGAAUAUGUUGAAAAAUAUUUUCUUACCAGCAAUUUCUGCAUGUGGAAAUUGGGGAGCACUUAAUCAAUCCAUUCAUGGGGAGAGGGAGAAGAAAGCCUUCAAAGAUACUAUUAAUGGAUACAUCACUUUCUUAAAUGGUACUAAAAUAAGCCUUGAAAAAGCUGUUGUGCUAAAGAGUGAAAUGGUUGACCUUACUCAGCUGCACUCAUUUGAGCAAGUGAAAGCUGCAGCAUCAAAUCCAGAAAUAAUAUUACAGCUUGAAAAUCUGCUUUUGCAAUGGUACAAUCAACUAGAACAGGUUCUGGAACAAAGUAAUCAAGUCAGAAAAGAGGCAGAAAAUUCAGGCCCUCUGACUGAGCUGGAAUACUGGAAAUGUAUGUCUGCGAAAUUCAAUUCCAUCAUAGAGCAACUUAGAGGACAAAAUUGCAGGGCUGUGAUCAAUGUUUUGAAAGCAAGUUACUCAAAAAUGUUAAAGAUGUGGUUGGAGUUAGAUUCUCAAAUCACUGACACAGCUAAUGGAGCAAAAGACAAUGUGAAAUUUCUGCAAGCAUUGGAGAAAGUUUGUCAGCCACUUUACGAUUCUGAUCCAGUGACCAUGACGAAAGGUGUUCCAAAUUUGAUAAAUGCAAUUCAAAUGAUCUACAAUGUAUCAAGGUAUUACAACACUUCACAGCAGCUGACCUCCCUUUUUAUUAAGGUCACAAACCAAAUGGUUACAGCCUGUAAGGAGUAUAUAACCGAGGGUGGUACAGUUCACAUAUGGGACCAGGAUUCACACAUCAUUAUUAAAAGAAUGAAGGAAUGUGAAGCAUUGUUACAUGAAUAUCGUACGUAUUUCCAGAAAACAAAGCAAAAAGCUGCUGAAACAGAACGAGAUAGUCCAUUUGAUGUGUCUGAAAUGUAUAUUUUUGGUAAACUUGAUGUCUUCUGCAAAAGACUAGCAAAAAUCACAAAAAUUCUUGAGGUAUUGAAGACCUUCUCUGCAUUGAGCAAUUCUACAAUUGAGGGAAUAGGGGUUCUCGCAAUAAAAUUCCAGAAUAUAUUUUUAAAUCUUAAGAAAAGUAAUUACGAUAUAUUGGACCCUCGGAGGAAGGAAUUCAAUAAUGACUAUGCUGCAUUCAUGAAACAAAUCUUUGACUUGGAGAACUUGCUUGAUGACUUCAUGAGCAACAGUUUUUCUAAAAUUAUUUCUUCAUUGCAUGCUUUGCAGCUUUUACAGAGAUUUCAGAAUUUGAAUAUUCCAUCUCUUAAGUCAGAAAUUGAAGAAACAAUUGAACGUAUUCUUCAACACUAUGUUGGCGAGUUAAUGUUCAUUAAAAAGCAUUAUCACACCUAUAAAGAGAAUCCACAUCUUACAAGAGACAUGCCUCCUGUAGCUGGAAAGAUACUGUGGGCAAGACAACUCUUCAGACGUAUAUUUGUACCUAUUGACUUUUUCUAUAAAAAUUCUGACAUUUUAAAAAACCCUCGGGGCAUGUCUGUUGUGCGAAUGUACAAUAAACUUGCAUAUGUAUUGGUCAAAUUUGAAGUAUUACACUUUAAGAUCUGGUCAAAAGAAACUUCAAAAAUUCAAUACAUCAUUCAUGGACCUCUUUUAAAACGAGAUCCAGACACUGGGAUAAUGCAAUUGAACUUCGAUCACAGAAUUUUUGAGCUACUUCGAGAGACCAAAUGUAUGUUAAAGAUGGGCCUGGAUGUACCAGAGACAGCUAGAUGUUUGCUAAAGUCUGAAAAUAUAUUGAAAUCUAAUCAUGACUGUUUGGAGGCUAUACUUCAUAAAUUUGAAAGAGUAUGCCAAGAAAUGCCUUCUGAGUAUACAGCAUUGAUAACUCCAAAAGUUAAUAAAAUUGAAGCUAUUCUAAGACGAGGAGUUACUUUACUGAACUGGUCAUCUUUAACACUUGUACAAUUCUUCUCUGAUGUAGAUACAACCGUAGAUGAAUUGAUUGCAUUGUUAAAGAAAGUAACUGAUUUGCGAGAGAGGCAUAUUGAUAAGAUAUUGGAUGAAAUAGCCCAAACAACUAUAAUCAAGCUACCAGAAGAUCAGGCCUUAACUUUGGAAGAAAUGCUUGCAUUCAGUGAGCUUCACUGCAAAGAAUGGACAAAGAUUUUGAUUCCAAAAUGUAACAGUGUUGAAAAAACUGUGGAACAAAUAGUAGAAGUGUUUUUAGAAAUCUCUGAUUCAGUGCUGGUGAAACAAAUUAAUGAAACUGAAAAAGAACCAGAGCGUAGACGAAUUGCAUUUACGGAUGAACCUGAGGAAGAGAAGUUGACUUUUAAGAUUCACUCGACAGCUAAAGCAAAUGUCGAACAAAUCAAAAGAGAUGAAGAUUUUGAAAAGGAUGUGAAGGAGUUCUAUGCAUAUUUUACCCAUCAUCUAGUUGAUGCUUUAGUGAAAUCUACAUCUCUGACAUUGGACACUCUGAAAAGAAGAAUCCUCCUUGCAUCAAACAGAAGAGAAUAUGGUUUCACAAACAACAUUGAUGAUUUUCAUCCCUUUCUGAAAUCUGAAGUGCAUUUGGCAAUUCCAAAUGUGUUUAUGGUACCAAAUUUGGAUGAAAUUCAGCAUGCUAUCAUCCGAAUUGUCCAAAUGGUUUUGGAAGUUAGCCGUCGAGUGGUACAGUGGAGGCAAUCAAAAAACCAAGAUGAUUAUGAAUUACAGAGUGGAACAGAAUUGAAUGAAAGCAAAAGUUUCAAGAGGCAGAAGAAUUUUUAUCACAAUGUGGCAGAACACAAAGAUGUAUCUAAAUUAAUCGUAAUACUAUCUACUUCAGUCAAUACUAUGAGGGGUGCUGUUGCUCAUGCACUAGAAUGUUUUCAAAAAUUCAAGAUGUUGUGGUUAGAAGAUAGAGAUACUACAGUUAAGGUAUUUAUGGAUAGUAAUCCCAGUUUGUAUGAACUACGGGAAAAAAUUAAGUACUAUGCUUCUAUUCAGCAAGAAAUUGAGGAAGUCACCCCCAGCAUUAUAGUAGAAUUUAUUGAACUGAACACAGAAACAAUAAAAAUUGCCCUUACAGUAGAAGCUAAAGGUUGGAAAAUUGUACUCAGUCGUUUCCUGAAUGAACAGUUUAAGGAAAAAAUGACAGCAAUAUCAUCAUUUAUUAGCACACAAAUGAAGAAUCUGGCACGACCUAUUCAGGAUCUGGAUGAUGUUAGAUUUGCCAUGGAUUCUUUAGCAGAAAUACGAGAAAAUGAGAUACAGAUGGAUAUGACUCUGGGACCCAUUGAGGAAGCAUAUAGUAUCCUGAACAAGUUUGAUGUGGAAAUUUCAAAAGAAGAAGCAGAAGGAGCUGACACACUUCGGUAUUUUUUUAACAAAAUGCAAGUUAAAGCUAGAAAUGUGCAGGAUGAAUUGGUGCAGGUCCAACCCAAAUUUAAGGCAGACCUCCUGGAAUCAAUUGACAUAUUCCAGAAGGAAGUGCUCAAAUAUGGUCGACAGUAUGAAAAGGAAGGGCCUAUGGUUCCUGGUAUCCUACCCGCAGAAGCGAGCACAAGGUUACAGAUCUUUCAGAGUUGGUUUGAUGACUUAUGGAGGAAGUUUGAGACAUGUUCAUCAGGAGAACGAUUAUUUGGAUUGCCUGUCCAGGAUUAUGAACUACUACAGAAAAAUAAAAAAGAACUAAGUCUUCUGCAGAAAUUGUAUGGGCUAUAUGAUGCAGUGAUGAAUAGCAUUAAUGGCUACUAUGAUGUUCUGUGGGUGGAACUGGAUAUUGAGAAGAUUAACGCUGAACUUUUGGAGUUUCAGAAUAGGUGUCGUAGAUUACCAAAAGCCUUGAAGGAAUGGCAAGCAUAUCUAGAUCUGAAGAAGAAAAUAGAUGAUUUCAGUGAGUCAUGUCCUCUCCUGGAGAUGAUGGCUAGCAAAUCAAUACAACCAAGACAUUGGGACCGAAUAGCUGCAGUAACAGGGCAUAAAUUUAAUGUGACAUCGGAAACAUUCACUCUGAAACACGUUAUGGAGGCUCCACUGCUUCAAUUUAAAGAUGAAAUUGAGGAUAUCUGUAUAUCCUCCGUGAAAGAGAAGGAUAUUGAGGCAAAAUUAACUCAGGUGAUGCAGACUUGGGUCAGUCAGACUUUGAGCUUUUCUGCAUUUAAGGGGCGUGGAGAACUAUUGUUAAAAGGACUGGAGACAACUGAAAUCAUAACAAUGAUGGAGGAUAGUUUAAUGAUCCUGAGCUCUUUACUCAGCAACAGGUAUAAUUCUUAUUACAAGAAGGAUAUUCAAACCUGGGUGCACAGUCUGACAGCAUGCGCGACUAUAAUAGAACAGUGGCUUUUAGUUCAAAAUCUGUGGAUUUACCUGGAAGCUGUUUUUGUUGGAGGAGAUAUUUCCAAACAGCUACCACAGGAAGCAAAACGUUUUCAUAAUGUUGAUAAAUCAUGGAUAAAAAUUAUGCAACGAGCUCAUGAAAUUCCAGCUGUGGUCCAGUGCUGUGUAGGAGAUGACAUUAUGGGGCAGCUUCUUCCUCACUUACAGGAGCAAUUGGAAAUUUGCCAGAAAUCACUAACAGGAUACUUGGAAAAGAAAAGACUGCUAUUUCCACGAUUCUUUUUUGUCUCUGAUCCAGCAUUAUUGGAAAUCCUUGGCCAAGCUAGUGACUCACACACUAUUCAGGCACACUUAGCAGGAAUAUUUGAUAAUGUGAAUAAAGUGGCUUUCCAUCCAAAGGAUUAUGAUCGUAUAUUGGCUGUCAUUUCCAGGGAGGAAGAACGAAUUCAUUUGGAUACCCCAGUGAUUGCAAAGGGCCCUGUGGAACUAUGGUUAAGUAACCUACUGAGUGCACAACAGUCUUCAUUACACACUGUAAUCAAAUUAAUGUACUACAGCUUCAGUGAACCAGACUUCCUGCUAAUACCUUUCCUGUAUGAAGCUCCUGGUCAGGUGGGAAUUUUAGCUAUCCAGAUACUAUGGACACAGGACUCAGAGGAAGCAAUUAAAGCUUCAAAGGACAGUAAAAAAAUCAUGCAAACUACUAAUCAGAAGUUCCUGGAGCUGCUAAAUUCACUGAUCAGUCAAACAACUCGUGACCUGACUAAGUUUCAAAGAAUCCAGUUUGAAACUCUUAUCACUAUUCAUGUCCACCAGAGGGACAUAUUUGAUGAGUUGGUAAAAAUGCAUAUCAGAACAGUGACUGACUUUGAGUGGCUGAAACAAUGUCGGGUUUAUUUUAGAGAAGAAACACUAGAUGUAAGAGUGGUGAUUACUGAUGUGGAAUUUAUCUAUCAAAAUGAAUUUUUGGGCUGUACUGAACGACUGGUUAUCACACCUUUGACAGACAGGUGCUACAUCACUUUAGCUCAGGCUUUGUGGAUGAACAUGGGAGGUGCCCCUGCUGGACCUGCUGGUACUGGCAAAACCGAGACUGUGAAGGACAUGGGCAAAGCUCUUGGAAAAUAUGUAGUGGUGUUCAAUUGUUCAGAUCAAAUGGAUUUCAGAGGAUUAGGAAGAAUUUUCAAAGGUUUAGCACAAUCUGGUUCCUGGGGCUGUUUUGAUGAAUUUAAUCGAAUUGAGCUUCCUGUAUUAUCUGUAGCAGCACAACAAAUAUAUAUUGUUCUAACAGCAAAGAAAGAAAGGAAAAAAAGUUUUAUCUUCACUGAUGGAGAUAAUGUGUCACUUAAUCCAGAAUUUGGUAUUUUUAUCACAAUGAAUCCUGGAUAUGCUGGACGCCAAGAAUUGCCAGAAAAUCUAAAAAUUCAAUUUAGGACAGUAGCUAUGAUGGUGCCAGAUAGACAGAUCAUCAUAAGGGUCAAGCUUGCCAGUGUUGGAUUUUUGGACAACAUGUUGCUGGCUCAGAAAUUUUUUGUACUUUACAAACUCUGUGAAGAGCAGCUGACUAAGCAGGUUCAUUAUGACUUUGGGUUGAGAAAUAUUCUUUCUGUCUUGAGAACACUGGGAGCUCAGAAGAGAGCGCGACCAGAAGACAGUGAGUCAACAAUUGUCAUGAGAGUUUUAAGAGACAUGAAUCUAUCUAAAUUGGUGGAUGAAGAUGAACCCCUCUUUCUUAGUCUAAUCAGUGAUCUGUUCCCCGGUAUACAAUUGGAUAGUAGCAGCUAUGUGGAACUGCAGGCAGCUGUUUCUAAUCAGUUGGAAAUCGCAGGAUUAAUCAAUCAUCCACCAUGGAAUCUUAAACUUGUUCAGCUAUAUGAAACAGCUAGAGUUCGUCAUGGACUGAUGACACUGGGUCCCAGUGGUUCUGGAAAGACUUGCGUAAUUCACAUCUUAAUGCAGGCAAUGACUGAGUGUGGAGCCCCUCACCGGGAGAUGCGCAUGAAUCCUAAGGCUAUUACUGCUCCACAGAUGUUUGGCCGAUUGGAUACUUCAACAAAUGACUGGACUGAUGGAAUCUUCUCAACUCUUUGGAGGAAAUCUAUCAAAGCAAAAAAGGGUGAGAAUAUCUGGAUCGUUCUAGAUGGCCCAGUGGAUGCUAUUUGGAUAGAAAAUUUAAAUUCUGUACUGGAUGACAAUAAGACCUUAACAUUGGCUAAUGGUGACCGUAUUCCAAUGGCUCCUUCUUGCAAAUUAUUGUUUGAAGUACACAACAUUGACAAUGCAUCUCCAGCCACAGUGUCCAGGAUGGGGAUGGUCUAUAUAAGUUCUUCUGCUCUUAGCUGGAAGCCAAUUUUGAAGGCCUGGUUAAAUAAACGUCUUCCUCGGGAGGCUGAACUUCUACAAGCCCUGUAUAAUGAAGUAUUUGAAGAAACUUAUACGUAUAUGAAAUUAAAUCUGAAACCAGUAAUGGAGCUAUUGGAGUGUAACUACAUUAUGCAGUCACUUACACUUCUGGAUGGUUUGAUGCCUUCAACAGAAGAUGGAGGACUUUCUAAUGAAUUGCAACUUAAUCGGCUGUUUGUAUUUGUACUAAUGUGGAGUAUUGGUGCCUUAUUGGAGCUAGAUGGCAGAGCUAAACUCGAGCAAUUCCUCCAAAAGUACAGGAAUACACUUGACCUACCAGUAAUUUCUGCAGAUGACAAUCAGACCAUGUUUGAAUUUCUUGUUAAGACAGAGUAUGGUGAAUGGAAGAACUGGCAAACACAGGUUCAGGAGUAUCUCUAUCCAACUGACAGCGAGCCAGAUUAUACUUCAAUUCUUGUACCAAAUGUUGACAAUGUUAGGACCAACUUUCUUGUGCAUGUCAUAGCUAAACAACAUAAGGCAGUACUUUUGACUGGUGAACAGGGGACAGCAAAAACAGUUAUGAUUAAAGGAUAUUUGAAGAAAUAUGAUCCUGAGGAACACCUGUCUAAAUGUUUGAAUUUUUCUUCUGCCACAGAGCCCUAUAUGUUUCAGAGAACUGUUGAAAGUUAUGUGGAGAAACGUGUAGGAAGUACCUAUGGACCUCCAAGUGGACGGAAAAUGACGAUAUUUAUUGACGAUAUCAACAUGCCAAUUAUUAAUGAAUGGGGAGAUCAGAUUACAAAUGAAAUAGUACGUCAAAUGGUUGAAUCGCAAGGAAUGUAUAACUUAGACAAACCAGGAGACUUUACUAAAAUCGUUGACGUGCAAUUAAUGGCUGCAAUGAUCCAUCCAGGAGGCGGACGCAAUGACAUUCCUCAGCGGCUAAAGCGACAGUUCACUAUCUUUAACUGUACACUCCCAUCCAAUGCUUCAAUUGACAAAAUCUUUGGAAUUAUUGGAAAUGGAUAUUUUCACCCAGCCAGACGUUUCAUACCUGAAGUCUGUAAUUUGAUAUCAAAACUUGUUGUCUCUGGCAGGGUCCUUUGGCAGUGGACAAAGGUAAAAAUGUUACCUACUCCAGCUAAAUUUCAUUACAUCUUUAACCUGAGAGACCUAUCCCGCAUCUGGCAGGGAAUGCUAACCAUUAAAUGUGAGGAAUGUUGUGAUGAAGAGACAUUGCUGGCUUUGUUCAAACAUGAAUGCACCAGAGUAAUUUCAGACAGAUUUGUAACUGAAGAAGAUAAAAAAUGGUUUGAAGAUGCAGUGACACGUACAAUUGAAAAAAACAUUGGAAAAGAAUCAUCUGAAAAGCUUUCUGAAGAGCCAUAUUUUGUCGACUUUCUUCGUGAAAUGCCAGAGCCAACUGGUGAAGAACCUGAAGAUUAUGUAUUUGUUGUUCCAAAAGUCUAUGAAAUGGUACCAAGCUAUGAAUUCCUGACUGAAAAAUUGAAGUUUUAUCAGGCACAACAUAAUGAAGGUGUUCGAUCAGGAUAUUUUGAUCUAGUCUUCUUUAAAGAUGCAAUGACACACCUGAUGAAGAUAUCUCGUAUAAUCCGCACAGAUUGGGGAAAUGCUCUACUAGUUGGAGUUGGUGGUUCUGGAAAACAAAGCCUGACAAAGUUGGCAUCCUUCAUUGCUGGAUAUAAAAUCUUUCAGAUCACUUUAACCAGAGCAUACAAUGCUAGCAAUCUGAUGGAUGACUUGAAGAUACUGUACAGAACAGCUGGGACAGAAGGGAAGGGCAUCACUUUCAUAUUCACUGAUAAUGAAAUCAAGGAAGAGUCCUUUCUUGAAUAUCUCAACAAUGUGCUCUCUUCAGGAGAGGUAUCAAACUUGUUUGCUCGGGAUGAACUUGAUGAAAUUACUCAAUCACUGAUUGCACCAAUGAAGAAAGAGUCACCUCGGAUUCCUCCCACUUUCGACAAUCUAUAUGAAUAUUUUAUACGAAGAGCUAGAGCAAAUCUACAUGUUGUCCUCUGUUUUUCUCCGGUUGGUGAAAAGUUUCGAUCUCGUGCCCUGAAGUUCCCUGGCCUGAUUUCAGGUUGCACAAUGGACUGGUUCAGUCGCUGGCCCAGAGAGGCACUGGUUGCAGUCUCCAGCCACUUCCUUUCUGAUUUUCACAUUGCUUGUUCAGAAGAGGUUAAAAACCAACUGGUAUUAACGAUGGGUGAUUUUCAUGACAAAGUCUAUGAAACCUGUGAAGAUUAUUUUCAGAGAUAUCGGCGUAGAACACAUAUAACCCCAAAAUCUUACCUUGCCUUCAUAAAUAGCUACAAAUCUGUUUACAAAGAAAAACAUGCAAACAUUGAUGAGCUAGCAGAACAUAUGAAAAUGGGUCUCUCUAAGCUUUUGGAAGCAACUGAAUCAGUGGCUCUUCUCGCUAAAGAACUAGCAGGGAAAGAAAAGGAACUGGCAGUGGCAUCUCGUCGUGCUGAUAAGGUGUUGGGAGAGGUGACAAUGAGUGCGCAAGCUGCAGAGAAGGUUAAGGAUGAAGUCUUAAUAGUGAAAAAUAAAGCCCAGAAGAUUGUGGAUGAAAUAGCAGUGGAUAAAAACUUUGCAGAGGGCAAAUUACUAGCUGCAAAGCCUGCACUAGAAGCUGCAGAAGCUGCCCUGAAUACUAUCAAGCCUACUGACAUUGCCACUGUGCGUAAACUAGCCAAACCACCCCACCUGAUAAUGAGGAUUCUCGACUGUGUUCUGGUUCUCUUCCAAAAGAAACUGGACAUAGUUACCAUGGAUCCAGAGAGGCCCUGUGUUAAGCCUUCUUGGGGCGAGUCUUUGAAGCUAUUGAGUGGCACUGGGUUUCUACAGGCCCUGCAGCAGUUCCCAAAGGACACCAUCAAUGAUGAAACAGUGGAACUGCUCCAGCCAUAUUUUAUCAUGGAGGAUUAUACAUUUGAAAAUGCAAAGAAAGUAUGCGGGAACGUUGCUGGUUUGUUGUCCUGGACUCAGGCUAUGGCUGCCUUUUUUGCCAUCAACAAAGAGGUGCUGCCUCUAAAGGCUAAUUUGGCAGUACAGGAAAACCGUCUCCAAGGGGCCAUGAACCAGUUAGGAAUUGCCCAGGCUCAGCUAGAUGAGAAACAAGUUGAGCUGGACAAGGUGCAGGCCAAGUUUGAUGCUGCCAUGAAAGAGAAAAUGGAUCUAUUAGAAGAUGCUGAAACAUGUAGAAGAAAGAUGGAAGCUGCUUCAGCUCUAAUAGACGGUUUGAGUGGGGAAAGGAUCAGAUGGACUGACCAGUGCAAGGAGUUUAAAGCACAAAUCAAUAGGCUAGUAGGUGAUGUGCUGUUGGCUACUGGAUUUCUUUCAUAUAGUGGUCCCUUCAAUCAAACUUUCAGAGAUAUACUAAUUAAAGUAAUCUGGGAAACAGAACUUCAGAAAAAGAAGAUCCCAUAUACAGAUGGUAUAAACCUUAUAACCUUUCUGGUGGAUCAGCCCAUGAUCAGUGAGUGGAAUCUACAGGGAUUACCAAGUGAUGACUUGUCAGUUCAGAAUGGUAUAAUUGUCACCAAGGCAAAGAGAUAUCCACUUCUCAUUGACCCUCAGACACAGGGUAAAAAUUGGAUUAAGAAGAAAGAGCAAAAUAAUGAAUUGCAGGUGACGUUCCUUAAACACAAGUAUUUUCGCAAUCACCUUGAAGACUCGUUGUCACUUGGACGCCCUCUAUUACUAGAAGAUGUGCAGGAAGAAUUGGACCCUGCACUGGAUAAUGUGUUGGAGAAGAACUUCAUCAAAAGUGGGACCACUUACAAGGUGAAAGUAGGGGAUAAAGAAACUGAUGUGAUGUCUGGAUUCAUGUUGUACAUCACCACAAAACUUCCAAAUCCUGCCUACACUCCAGAAAUCAGUGCCAAAACAUCCAUCAUUGACUUCACUGUAACCAUUAAGGGUCUUGAGAACCAACUGCUUGGCCGAGUGAUCCUCACUGAGAAACAGGAACUGGAAGCAGAGCGGGUGCAAUUGAUAGAAGAAGUGACUGCAAACAAACGUAAAAUAAAGGAACUGGAGAAUAAUCUACUAUUUAAGCUCAGCACUACUGAAGGUUCGUUAGUGGAAGAUGAGUCUCUGAUUGGAGUCCUGCAGACAACAAAGGCAACAGCAACUGAAGUCAGUGAAAAGCUGCAUGUGGCAGCAGAGACAGAGAUAAAGAUUAACACAGCACAAGAAGAAUACCGACCAGCAGCCACUCGUGGUAGUAUCCUGUAUUUCCUCAUCACAGAAAUGAGCAUGGUCAACAUGAUGUACCAGACCUCAUUGGCACAGUUUCUGAAAUUAUUUGACCAGUCCAUGGCCAGAUCUAAAAAAUCUCCUGUCGCUUCAAAGAGAAUCAUAAAUAUAAUCGACUACCUGACCUUUGAAGUUUUUAAGUAUUCAGUACGAGGCCUUUAUGAAACUCACAAGUUCCUUUUCACUUUAUUGCUUCCUCUGAAGAUUAACCUGGAACGGGGUUACAUCAAGUACACUGAAUUUCAGACCCUAAUAAAAGGAGGAGCAGCUCUUGAUCUGAAAGCCAGUCCACCGAAGCCUUUCCGUUGGAUCCUUGAUUUGACUUGGUUGAACUUGGUGGAGCUGAGCAAACUCCCACAGUUUGCAGAAAUAUUGACCCAGGUAAUUAAGCAUGAGAAGGCUUGGAAAGUCUGGUUUGAUGCAGAGACUCCAGAGCUGGCAAUAAUUCCUGAUGGAUACAGUGACUCUUUGGAGUCAUUUGGCAAGCUGUUGCUGAUCAGGUCAUGGUGUCCUGAUAGAAUUUUAUCACAAGCUCGAUACUACAUUUCCGAUGCAAUGGGAUCAAAAUAUGCUGAGCCAGUGAUUCUAAACCUGGAGACAACAUGGGAAGAAAGUGACAUACUAACUCCUCUCAUCUGUUUCUUGUCCAUGGGAUCAGAUCCCAGCAAUCAGAUUGAAGGAUUGGCCAAGAAACUUGAAAUUGAUUGUCGGGCAAUAUCCAUGGGUCAGGGACAAGAAGUUCAUGCCAGAAAGCUGGUGGCAAUGUCCAUGCAACAGGGUGGAUGGGUCUUGCUGCAAAACUGCCACUUGGGUCUGGAGUUUAUGGAUGAGCUCUUGGAGAUUCUAAAUACAAGCGAGAAUGUGAAUGAAUCUUUCCGAGUAUGGAUCACCACUGAACCACAUCCGAAGUUUCCCAUUACACUGCUACAGUCUUCUAUCAAAUUCACCAAUGAACCUCCUCAAGGUGUGCAUGCAGGACUGAAAAGAACAUUUACUGGAAUCACACAAGACCAAAUAGAAUACUCCAACCUGCCCAUGUGGAAACCACUAAUGUAUGCAGUCGCUUUCCUACACACCACUGUCCAGGAGCGGCGUAAGUUUGGUCCACUGGGUUGGUGUAUUCCAUAUGAGUUUAACUCCUCAGAUUUCACAGCCAGUAUCCAGUUCAUACAGAAUCACCUGGAUGACUGUGAUAAAAAGAAGGGUGUGUCAUGGAAUACCAUAAGAUACAUGCUUGGAGAAGUUCAGUAUGGAGGACGUGUUACUGAUGACUAUGACAAGCGCCUCCUCAAUUGCUUUGCCAAGGUGUGGUUCAAUGAGAAGAUGUUUGACUCCAAAUUCUGUUUUUAUACUGGUUAUAUUAUUCCAAUAUGUCCAAACAUUGAGAGUUAUCAAGAGUACAUUCAAACUCUGCCUGUUACUGACACUCCUCAGGUGUUUGGCCUUCACCCAAAUGCUGAUAUCACGUAUCAGAGUAACAGUGCAGCUGAAAUUCUCAACACCAUCACCAAUAUUCAGCCAAAGGAAGGUGGUGGUGGAGGAGGAGAGACUCGAGAGGCCAUAGUCUUUAAACUUGCUGAGAGUAUGCUGAAAAAACUGCCUCCAGAUUACGUAGCACAUGAGGUGAAAGCUCAUCUCAUAAAAAUGGGUAUUUUGAAUUCUAUGAAUAUUUUCCUUCGACAAGAAAUUGACCGAAUGCAGAAGGUUAUUACAAUGCUUCGGCUCUGCCUGGGUGACUUACAGCUGGCUAUAGAGGGAACCAUUAUCAUGAGUGAGAACUUAAUUGAUGCCUUGGACAAUAUGUACGAUGCUCGUGUCCCUCAGGGGUGGAAGAGGAUUUCCUGGGCUUCCUCUACCUUAGGAUUUUGGUUCACAGAACUCCUUGAGAGAAACACACAAUUUUCUUCCUGGAUUUUUGAGGGCAGACCUAAUGUCUUUUGGAUGACAGGUUUUUUCAAUCCCCAGGGGUUCUUAACUGCAAUGAGGCAGGAAGUAACACGAGCACAUAAAGGUUGGGCACUGGAUAGUGUCACUCUGCACAAUGAAGUAACAAAACUGAUGAAAGAAGAUAUCAAAGUACCACCUGUAGAUGGAGUAUAUAUCCAUGGUCUUUACCUUGAUGGUGCGGGUUGGGAUAGGAGAAACACAAGGCUGACUGAACCUACUGCAAAGGUUCUGUUUACAAUGGUACCCGUCAUCUAUAUAUUUGCCAUCAAUUCUACAGCACCUAAGGAUCCCAAACUGUACAUCUGCCCAGUCUACAAGAAGCCCCAACGUACUGACCUGAUGUUUGUCACUGCCCUCUGCCUGAAAACAGUUCAGCCACCUGACCACUGGAUCCUGAGAGGAGCAGCCCUGCUCUGUGACAUCAAGUAG